UUUAUUUUUCAUUUAGGUACAUCAUCAUCAACGUAUUUCUCCUUCGUUACCGGAUUCCGAGGAAGUCGAAAACUCAAAGUUGGCGAGUAUAGUUUCACCCGAAAUAAAUCAUCAGGGCCAAAGACUUAUUGGUCAUGUGCCCGAGCUGGCAUACACAAGUGUAAAGCGCGAGUUGUAACAAUUGACGAAGAGACACGACAUGAUGUUAUUAUUAAAUGCGGUUUCCAUAAUCAUGCUCCUUUUUAAGAAGAAAACAAAAAAGAAUAUAUUUUUUUUUAACAUAAAUGACGAUUUUAAGUUAAACAUUUCUUGUUUUCUAUAAAUAAAUUGUGUAAAUAUAAAUAAAACUAAUAAUACAUAAUAUAUUUUCAUAGUUAGCUGAAAUUGUAUCAAAAAGCUAAAAAUAUGAAUUUUUUUAAUUUAAUUUGCAUUUAUAGAAAUAAAACAAACAAAAAAAAAAAAGAAAAUUAAAUUAUGUGAAAUAUAAUAAAAUAUUGUUUAUUUUUUUAUUUAAUUUUUAAAUAAUACAACUCUAUUUGACGAUGACGAUGAAUAAAGACAGAACUUAUUCACCAACUUUAAUGCUAACGAUUAUUUCUCUCUCUUUUUUCUUGGUUGUGCCCUCCCCAAAACAGUAGCAACAUUUGACCCAGAAGUUAUUGAUGGUUUUAUA